UGUUGUUAAAUGUAGAUAAUCGUGGCAUAAUUUCUUUUUUUUUUAAAAAAAAAAAGGACAAAAGGGAAUGUAUAAAAGCACCCUGGUGUACACGAAAUACCGAAACGAAACCAUUGUUUACAAAUUGCAUCUUAUUGAAAUUUCUCCCGGCUCAUAUACUUCAUUACUUCUUAUAAUUAAUGGGGUUUUAAUCACUAACUCUCCGUAAAAUACCAGAAUGGAGGAGUUUCCAGAUGAGCUUCCGUCCCUUUAUGAUUCCGAUAAUGAAACAUCUUCAACUAAACAUAAAAUGAAAAAAGAGAAAAGAGAAGCUUAUUGGAUAAAGACAAAAGAGAGCAAACGACAGACACGUAAAAUUAAAAAACAAGAAAAAAAACAAAGGGCCAAAAACAGAAUUCCAGAUACACAUUCCAAAGAAAAUGGUAUGUUAAAUAAAAGAGAUCAUAAACGCUUUCUACACGAGAAGGGCCUGCAAGCACUGAAGUCAGGGUUAAAGAUCUGCAUUGACUUAAGUUUUGAAGAGAAAAUGUCUGAAAAGGAAAUUUCAAGGUUAGCACAGCAAUUGGGAAGGAUCUAUGGCUAUAACAAGAAGACAGAGAAGCCAUUGCAUAUAUUUUUGACAAGCAUUGACCAAAGUGGUUUCUUCUUUAAAGAAUGUACCCGCAUCAACCAAGGAUUUCAGAAUUAUUUGUGGGAUGUCUGCGAUGAAUCAUACACAGAACUGUUUCCAAAAGAAGACAUAGUUUAUCUCUCACCAGAUUCAGAGAACGUCUUAUUCACAAUAGACCCCGAGAAAGUGUACAUCAUUGGUGGCCUUGUCGAUGAAAGUAUACAGAAGAAAAUGACGUACUACAAAGCUCUACAGAGUGGAAUACAAACUGCCCGUCUCCCUAUUGAUGUAUUUAUGAUGAAUGGUGACAGGAAGGGCAACUACUGUCGAAUCUUAACGGUCAAUCAAGUACUUGCUGUGAUUUCUGAAUUUCUGAGAACUGAAGAUUGGAGACAGGCUCUAUCUAGCGAGGUCCCUAAAAGGAAAGGUCUAGUGUUGAAACCCCUUGAAAAUGUGAGCUCCUGAGUACAGUGCAACCGAGUACAGUGAAGUAAAACAAGAACAUGGACAUUAGCAGAAAGAAGUUUUGGUUUAUUCUUCAUUCUCUUUCAUUGACAUCAUCAUCAUCAUCAUCAUCAUCAUCAUCGUCAUUGUCAUCAUCAUCAUCAUCAUUUUCAACAUGUCUCUAUGUGUGCUGCAACAGCAGUAGCAUCACCAACAACUUCUGUGAAACUUAUUGAUAAACCAAACACCCAAACACAUGCACACACGCACACGUUUGUAUGUGUCUGGUGUUUCAGUUUGUGAUAAGACAUCGGCAGGUCACACUAGGUGAGAGCUAUACCAAGAGUUAAAUGGCUGACUCACCCAUGAAGCAAAAGUACUGCUCUAUCACAUAGCUGUAAAGUAUGUGGGUUGACUGAUAUAAAUCGUCCCUCAGUUUCAUCAAUGACAAACCUAGCACAAGACUAAGCAGAUACAUUAUUAAAAGCCUUCCAGCUAUGACCAUCACUUAUAUUUCAGCUACAAUGUACAUAGGAUUACAUUAUGAAAUGUACUUUUCUGCUUUUAAGACUACAAGGUGUCAUUUGAAGGAAAGAUUUGGUUGCUCUUUCUAGUUGAGCAAGUGACUGCACAGAUCAAUGGCCCCUCACCUUUUCCAUGCUGCACACUCCUAAGAAAUGUUUGAUUAAUUUUCAAUAACUAAUUUAUUUUUUAAAAAUUCAACCACAUCCAGUCACACGUAUCAAAGAAUUGGACUCCAUAUAAAAAAGAUUUUAACUCAGUUAAUUAAAUCUAAAUUGGAUAAUUAGGUCAAAACUGUAAACAUUGAAACUAAUUACAAUAGGGAAUAUAAAAUAAUUUAACGACUUGAUUCUGCUUCUCAUUUAAGACUUUAUUAAAAUGUGGAAGAUGGCAGGAAGAAUCUGUUUAAUCUCACUUCAAUCAGAUGACUACCACUGCCAUCUGCAAGAAAGACCUUUACAUCCUGCUAGCUCUUAUCUGGAAUGUCCCUUCUUUGACACCUGUCAGUACAAAGAUUCCAUGUUGGACAACACUCCUGCACACUAGCCAACUCUUCUAUCUGCAACAUGAGCAAGGAUCUGUGUGCAUAUGUGGUCAACUUGUUAUGGUGUUCCGAGUGCAGUAUUUAUUAUAUCAGUUGUAUGAUGUGGUUGAAGAAACCCUUGACAACACAUGCAUCUUCCUUUUGCAAACAUUCUGAAAUGCAGUAACACCACCACCACCAGUGACAAAUAAUUCCUUAUUGGUUGCAGAGAGAAAUGUUGGACUUCUCUGGAUCAAGGACUCCUUUAUAAUCCACUAACUUAACUCGAAGAUCAACAAUUUGUUGAUGUUGAGUUGGUGGCUUUUUUAAGCUGCUCACCAUCAUCAAAUUCUCUGCUGCCAUGACCAAUAUAAUCACCACUACGACAGUGACUAUUGCCAUCACCUUCCAACACCUUACCACUGACUAUUACUUCUUCCAUUACAACUAUUAGUGUCAAUGUAGGUAGCUGUCUUCACCAAGACUGCUGCCAGCCAAUAGCUAGCCAUCCGUUGCCAUUCUCACAAUGAUCUCUGUGACCACUGCCAAUACCAUUUUGGAGAAUGGCUUCCACUACAAUAAUCCCUCAUUGCUGUCAUCACCACUUAAACAGACAUUGCAGAGUCACUGUCUACAUAACAAUCAACAUAGCUGGAUUUGUAGGGACUCACAUUGUUUCACUCUGUUUAUUUCUGAUGAUGAACCUUUGUGCCUGAAAUAUAAAGGUUAUUAAACUUUCCUCUUUUACAUUGUAAGAAGCUUCCCAUCUUCAUUAUUUUCUUAUUUUAUCCUAAAAAAUAAAUAGGAAAGAACAUUGAUCCAAGGUAUUUGUUCCUAAAAGAAAGACAGAAAAAUCCCUUAUCAUCUAUGUAUUUCUUCUUCAGACUUUUAGUGACCAGGGAAACCAUAUUUGGUUGCUGUACAUAAAUACAGUUAUGCUGUGGCCACUUCAACCGAUUAGAGCUGGCUGCAGAAGGAUAAAUGUGGCAGCUUCCGCCCAGCAGUGUUGCGUGCCAUUUUCAGUUUAGUCAGUAGAAGGGCGCAGGAUGACCAACACAGAACUAGUUUCCUAGUUUCUCACUUCAACUUAGUGUCGCAGACACCUUUACAGUCCAGUUCCUCCAACGCAAUUGCUACCAUGAAUAAUUCUUUCUCAUCUCAGCUAGCACAGACCAACUUACCACUGCUAUCUUAUCCCUGCUUAUGACUUCUCAUUUCAUACCUAGUAAAUUAUUUCGGCUUCCCUGACUCACACACAUAUACAUACAUACGUAUCCUAUACAUAUGUCUACUACCAGCACAUACAUAUCCUACAUACACAUACAGGCCUCAACUCUCACUACUUGUCUGCUGUUGGUCACUUCUCAUUGUUACUACUUGCCAGCACUCAUUGGAUUAAAUAAAUUUUAAUGUUAUAUA